AUGUUGGGAUUGUUUGUUUAUGGUUUGUGGUGGAACGGGAAUUACUCCGAUGAUACAGAUGAUACAAUAUCAUAUGGAAAAAGCGACUUCUUCAAAUUCCAACUUCAGCUUAUAUUUAUUAGCAGCAUUUGAUAAAAUAGAAGAUUUGAUUUAUCCAAAAUAUAUUGAUUAUUUAUGUCAAUCACUUAAUGGGAAACUUGAAGUCAAAUAUAUUUUAUUCAAGCCACCAGCAGUUUGGAGAGAUUAUAGUGGAUUGAUUGACGAUGCAUUAAUAUAUGAUUGGAUCAGUGAAAGGUAUUCGGUACCUCCUCCUGCAGUUCCACCAAAGUUUUCCAAUUAUGGCAUUGGAAACGGUAGCACAAGUAACCUUGUUGACAAUAGCUAUUAUAAUCCUAAUAUUAUUAUUAAUAAUAUACAAGAUGUUGAUUAUGAUCCCAAUUAUAUUGUAUCUUCUCCAAGUCUCGUUCCAAUAUCCAAUAAUAAUUCAAUGUACCAAUCAGAAGAUCAACAGCAAUUGAUUUACAAUCAAGCUUAUCCUCCUUAUUCAUCACCACCUCAACUUGCAAAUUUAAGUGAUGCUGCAGCAAAUCAAAUUUUGUUGAUGAAUGAAAGGCAUAAUUACAUGAAAUUAUUUGCCAGAGAUACUUCUAAACGAGUUAGAUUAAUAGUCUGUGGUACAAACCAAUUUAAUGAAAAUAUUAGAUUAUCUUUAGACAAAAUAGGAUUUCCAAUUAAUGAAAAAGCUUUAUUUAUUG